ACAAAUUAGUUUUACGCGUUUUUAGGAGAAAGAAACAAUAGUGAUGUGUGUGUGUGUGAGAGAGAAAGAGUGAAACCACGUGUGCUUCGAGGCUGCGUCGGUAAUGGGGGGCUUUUGUAGGUUUAAGGCUGAUAAUGCUGGUGUUAUUUAUUGAAUGAGAAAAGUUUAAUUACGUGGACAAGGAAGCGCAGCGAGUGACCAACGGUGCUAUCGAACAUUGAUCGAUGCGUACAGCCGGCUCAUGAAGGUAUUUAUUAUUAAAGUUGGUGGGUUCUGACUAAAUCGUAGGUGGUGGUAACAGAUGGCGAGGGUAUAUGGACAAAAUUCUGAUUGAUGAUGUACGCUCCAAAGGCUCUAAUGUAAACUUUCCACGAAUGAUUGACAAUAUGGCGCUCAACGCAGCGGAGAUGAUACUCGCUUUGCAAGAAAGGAAGCAUCCCACUCCCAUGACAACAGUACAUCUCUUCAGAUAGCACUAGUCGCAGGUGCGCAAGGAAGGGUAUUCAGAAAUUUACCGAACAAGACAUCCAGCAACCAAUCGCAAACCCUUUAUACAUCAAGAGCAAUAAUCUAAUAGGCUCAGAUCACACCUCAGUCAAAAACGAGUUCCAAAGAAAUGAAAAGUAUACAAGGAACCCAACUAGUGCAUUGCGACGCGUUGUGAACGAUAGCAUACAUGACAGAUUCGGAUAAGCCAGUUACCAAUCACCCUUGAUAGAAGAGGAGAGAAGCUAAAAGAGGGCACUAGCUAUGAAGACAAAAGUAUUGUCCGCGUUUAGGAUUGAAGUGAAAGACAUUUAAACGGUUGUGUGUCGUAAUCAAAAUGAAGGGAUGAAAAACGAAGUUGUACCUAAACUAUUCAAAAGCAACUAGUAAAAAGGUAUUACCGCUAGUUGUAAGCGUAGCGCAUACGCUAGGCUUUAGCUGAAUGCCUAUUGAUACGAAACUUUGAACGACUCCUCUGAUGACAGAAAAGAUCUGUUUCAUCUGUUGAGGUGGAAUUUGUUAGCAAACAUUGAAAAUACGUUGCUACAGUGCUUACAACUCUCGCUAUGUCGCUCACAAAAUUCUUUUUUGUUGCUUCUCUUUGGACGCUUCUUGCACGAGACCCUCAACUGCUUCAAGGGCUAGUGCUCUCUAAUUGGCCUAAAAAGAACGUGUGUGAUUUAGCGCUCUUUAAAAAGUAACUCUAGUACUCACUUACGGUUGCUGGUGCGGCAAUUUCGUUCUUUUUCAACCCGCUUUUCCAUUAGAUUGAGAUUUUAAACGUGUAUGAGAUAAGAAGAUAAAUAAAAAAAAUCGACAUUUUAAUUCAGUGUUGAUUUGCACGAUGUGUAAACCAAAUUGCACUAUAAAUAGGAGCUCAAAAUUGGUCGUACGUAAUCGGAUUCGAUUGGAAACGUUUGUCUCUCAACCACACUAAGUGCCCAGCAAUGUAGUUAAUUUUAUACUGUUUGAUUAAACGAAGGGCUUAGAUACUUUUACAAAGAUAAAAUGGAGGCUCAAACCGCUCACAAUAGGUUGAUAUUAUAAGUUCACUCGUGCACAGGAGUGUGCUCGUGCGUGUGUGAGGUUUGCUAUAAAUUAGGAUUUCUCCAGUUUCAAUAUUGGCGCCGUUUGCUGUAGCUGCUAUUAUAUUAAGUUUUACGCGCCGCCACACAGCUUUGUGAUAAAUAGGCUCACUAAAACAUUAAACGCUUGGAAGAGCUAAGAAACGUCAUUCUCAUGAACAGAAGAAAAUCAUUCCACAGUGCAUUGAUUUCAUCAUAAACGACGCGACGAGAUACGCUGGAAAUCAUAGGCUUUGUGUUGCUGCUAGCAAACCAUCCGUUUCAUUCUGUUAACUAAAAUAACAAAAGAAAGUUUAUGUGGUAGUGCCGGUUCGAUGUUUAGUAGGUAAUAUGACAUAAAAGAUGUUGGAUGUGCGGUACGGAGAACGCGGGUGGACGUGCAGAACAGGAGCAUAACGCAGUUUCCAAUGCUUGUGCGAGGAAUAAAGCAACAGUCCAUGUGGCUAAGAACAGACAGGCAUGCAGCUGAACACAACUACUCAACAAAACAUAAGUUAACAGGUCUAGUCAGUGGAAUUUAAUGAGAAACCCCGGUGAAGGAAAAAGGGAAAUAGUAAAUGUAACUAUAUUAUUAGCGAUGUAAACGUGCCGUUGACGAGAAUCGACGAGCAGAGCUGUAUGGCGCUGCUACCAAAAGUAUCAUACAACACUAGGGCUAACAAUUGACGCUGUAUUCGUGUAGGAGGUAACUAAGGAAAUGGUUAAAAGACAUGCAGCUGAGAAGAGAAAGUUUGUUAAUACUCCAUUUUGGCGAAUGGAAUGUGUACUUUAUGAGCGAAUGAAGACCGCCAUGUAGGUCUUUUAGAACGACAGACGAUUCUCCUCAAAUCAAAGCGAGAAGAGAUAGAUUGUAAUUUGCGUGAAAUUUUUGCGAAGGUAAAUUAGGUUUUGAAAUAAAAUAGGAACUCAAAGAACAUGACUCUGCAGCGAGGAGUGCCAGAAUGGCGGCAGGCGGUACAGCUGGAACAGAGAUAAUAAAUUGUUUGGAAGGUGAAAACCGAUGGAAGGCGUUUUAAUUCGUUGCCCCUUUUGUUUAAACGGAGUUUAAAUACUUGAGAGGCGCCACUUUCCCACUCAUCGUGGGUCGCUUAUGUAGUGCCUCU